AUAUAUUUAGUUGUGUAUUGAUAUUUAUAUUUUUCAUUUUUUUCUCAUUUUUUAAAUCCCCAUUUAAAAUUUUUUGCUUUUCUUCAUGAAAAGGAAGUUGAUGUGUUUCCAUUAUUUUUUGUAUACAAAUAUGAGAUGAGGGCUGUUCCUACACAACAGCAGCUGCCCAGCUUGAGCCAGCCUCCCACACAGCAGCAGCUUUCCAGUUUGACUCAGCUUCCCACACAGCUGCAGCAGGAGCAACCCACUGUUACUCAGCCACCAUUGAACGAUGACCAGCACACUAGUGAUGAUGCAACAAUGGAGGAGGACACUGAAGAGUGUAAUUUGGAGGCUGAGUUGGAUGGUGAGUUUGUUGUGCUUGAUCCUGAGUUAGAUGCUCAGUUGGAGGAGGAGUUAUCACGUGCUGUCCCGAAGACAGGACGUGGCAUGGAUAAAGGAGAUGACGCUCCUGCAGACCCGAGUCAAAGGAAGAGGACGUAUUAUUGGGAAGAAGAUGAUGUUCGUGUGUAUAAAAUUUGGAGAUUACAUUGUUGGAACCGUUUCCGAGACGAGCUUCAUCGAGCUCGAAAGGCAUGGGUUAAGGACAAGAAGUUACCCGAGUUCAUGCAUAGGAUACCUUUAAAAUUUUGUUGGCAAAAUGGAGGAGUCCAAAAUAUAUUGCACUCCAGGAAAGAGGUCGACAAAAUCGAGCAAAAGAAUGAUGCCCACCAAAAAUACGUGGAGAAGCAUGGGCCAAACAAGGAUUCGUGGCCAGAAUGGGAUCCACUUAUCUGGAAGGAGGUGGUUGGACCUCCUAAAAAGGGAUUCUUACAACACAAGUCCAGCAGUUGCAGUCUGAGCUUACUCAAGUUCAGGAAGAAAUGGCUAGGCGAGUUUAGACAGAGGUGGCCACACGUAUUCAUACAGAGGUAUCACAGAGAGUAUCAGAGAUGGAGGCCAGCUUUGAGAGGAGAUUCCAAGAGCACAUGCGCUUACUUAGCUAGCAAUAUUCUAUGAAUGCUACACAACCCCAGACUGGUUAUCCUUCUUCUAUACCACCCCAGACUGCUGAUCAUUCUUUUGGAGGAUUUAGACCUGAUCACUUACCACCUCCUACUUAGCGACAUUGAUAUUUAAAACUUAUAUUAUAUAUGUUUAUAUAUAUGUACUGCAUAUGUAUAUAUAUAUAUAUGGUGUGUAGGAUGAGAAGUUAGUAUAUAUUUAUUAACUUAAACUAGUUUUUAGUUAUGUAGUAUUUGAGUUUAAAUAAGUAAAAUAUAUAAUAUUAAUAAAAUUUAACAAUCCUA